AUUUGGCCUUUUCUUAUAAUGGAACUCUUUCUUUAUUGCUUAUACUUCUCUUCUGCUCUCUCUUUCACUCUAUCACCUUUUUUCUCUAAAUUUUGUGCAACUUUUUGGGUAUAUAGCUGAAUAUUGACUCACUAGUCUUUCAUUUGAACUUUAAACUUUGCAAGAUUUCUUUUUGAAGAUUUUGAGGGGAGCUACAUAGCUAAAAGACCAUAUGGUGAUUAUUUCUGUUGUUUCCUCUUCAAUACUUCUCAUAUUUUCCAUUUCCAAAUUUCAAAACCACACAUAAACCUCAAAAACCAUACUUUUUCUUGCCAUUUUUGCCUCAACUUUGCAAAACAAGCCAAGAAAAGAACACCUUUUUUUUCUUCUUUUGGCAUAAAGUUAAUUUCUUUGUUGCUAUUUUUGCAUGGAUAGAAUGGUGGGUGAUCAAGGUGGGACGAGUAACAUGUUUAGGGACUAUAGAAAAGGAAAUUGGACGGUUCAAGAAACAAUGGUUCUCUUAGAAGCAAAGAAAAUGGAUGAUGAAAGGAGAAUGAGAAGGCAAGAGGGAAAACCAACAGAGCUAAGAUGGAAAUGGGUGGAGGACUAUUGUUGGAGAAAUGGUUGUUUAAGGAGCCAAAAUCAGUGUAAUGACAAAUGGGAUAAUCUCAUGAGAGAUUUCAAGAAAGUUAGGGAAUAUGAAAGAAGAGAGACUGAUAAAGCAGAGACUGGAGAGGAAAAAAGAUCAUAUUGGAGUAUUGAAAAGAAUGAAAGGAAAGAAAAGAACUUGCCUACUAAUAUGUUGCCUGAGAUUUAUGAGGCAUUGGUUGAUGUUGUGGACAGAAAAAGUCAAAGAAUGGUGUUGCCUACAUUUCCUCCCACAUUGCAACAACAAGCUACUCAACCUCAAAUUAUACCUUUGUCACCUCCACCAUUGCCACUACCAACAACAGUAGCACAAACAGAUUACUACACUACUAAUGUUCCUUUUCCCACAAUGAGUGAUAGCUCAGAUCCUGAUCAUAGCAGUGAGCGUUCAGAUUCACCAGCAAAGAAAAGAAGAAUGAGUGGAGGAGGUGAAGGAACCAGUACGGGCACAGCAAAAGAUGAUAACAUUAACAACUCAUCACAAGAAUUUGGCUCUGCCAUCUCAAAGAGUGCUGCCAUUAUAGCAGAAACAAUUCAGUCUUGUGAAGAGAGAGAAGAAAAAAGGCACAGAGAACUCUUAAACUUGCAUCAGAGAAGGCUACAAAUUGAGGAAUCAAAGGCUGAGAUUAAUAGAGAAGGCAUCAAUGGACUUGUUGAUUCUAUCAAUAAUCUUGCUAGUUCUAUCCUUGCUUUGGCUGGUAACAAGAACCAAUCAACUGACCCUAAAUAGCUA